AUGGACGAUUACACAGUAUAUGUUCCGGAGAAACUGACCUUCUCAUUAUGGGAUUAUGGGGUCUUUGCUGCAAUGCUUCUGGGAUCCACAGGCAUUGGACUGUUUUAUGCACUUUGUCAUGGGGGCCAGAGGACUUCAGAAGACUUUUUUACAGGGGGAAGGAAUAUGACUGCAUUGCCCGUAGGGUUAUCUCUGUCAGCCAGCUUCAUGUCUGCGGUGCAAGUUCUAGGGGUCCCGGCUGAAGCUUAUCGGUAUGGUGCUAAGUUUCUGCAGAUGUGCCUGGGUCAGACUCUAAACAGUCUACUCACUGCUUACUUCUUCUUGCCUGUGUUCUACAGACUGGGGAUCACCAGUACCUAUGAGUAUUUGGAAUUAAGGUUUUGCAGGAGUGUUCGACUCUGUGGCACCAUACAGUUCCUGUUGGGCACUAUGUUUUACACUGGGAUUGUGAUCUACGCACCAGCCUUAAUACUUAAUCAAGUUACCGGAUUGGAUAUUUGGUCAUCGUUAUUCUCUACUGGAGUAAUCUGCACAUUUUAUACUACUGUGGGUGGUAUGAAGGCUGUGAUUUGGACAGAUGUUUUCCAGGUGCUGGUAAUGCUCUCUGGAUUCUUUGCUGUUGCUAUCCGUGGUACCAUGUUGGCUGGUGGAGUCUCUGAAGUUUUGGACAUUGCAAGGAAUUACUCUCGAAUCAACUUUGGAGACUUUGACCCUGACCCCCGUCGACGCUACACUUUUUGGACCUUUGUUUUUGGGAGCACGUUCCUCUGGCUAUCUAUGUAUGGGGUUAACCAGGCCCAGGUUCAGCGCUACAUAGCAUGUAAAUCAGAAUGUCAGGCAAAGAUUGCAAUAAUGGUGAAUCAAGUGGCCCUCUACUUCAUUGUGUCAAGUGCGGUCAUCUGUGGCAUUGUAAUGUUUGUAUAUUACCUGAACUGUGACCCACUUCUGGCUGGAUAUGUUUCUGCACCUGACCAGUACAUGCCUUACAUGGUGCUGGAGAUUUUUGAUCAGUAUCCAGGAGUCCCAGGCCUCUUCCUUGCCUGUGCUUAUAGUGGGACCCUUAGCACAGCAUCUACAAGCAUCAAUGCAAUGGCAGCUGUAACAGUUGAGGAUCUCAUAAAGCCAAGAAUGCCACAAAUGUCCAUGAAGAAGCUGACUCUCAUAUCAAAGGGGCUUUCUUUUUUUUAUGGAUGUUCCUGUAUCACAGUGGCUGCACUAUCAUCACUCCUUGGAGGUGGGGUACUUCAGGGUUCCUUCACAGUAAUGGGAGUGAUCAGUGGACCACUACUUGGAGCAUUUAUUCUGGGAAUGUUUACCGUUUCCUGCAACACAAUAGGAGUCUUUUCAGGCCUUUUAGUUGGAUUUGUGCUAAGUAUGUGGGUAGCAGUAGGAGGUACCCUUUAUCCACCCACCCAAACAAUGAUGGGAGUCUUGUCUACCUAUGCAGAGCAUUGCCCCUUAUACAACUCCAGUGAAGGAAUCAUCUAUGGCCCAGCUCAAUUAUUAAAUAUCUCUACAUCAUUAGACGGUUCUUCCAUCACCGAACAAUUUUAUUCACUGUCCUAUCUGUAUUAUGGAGCUUUGGGUACAGUGAGUACAAUCUUGAUGGGAUCUCUUAUUAGCUACCUGACAGGACCCACCAAGAGAGAGGAUAUUGCCCUAGGUCUGCUGUGGUGGGACCUUACUAAGUUGUCCUGCUUUAAAUCAGUAGAGGUGAAAAAAGAAACUGAGAAAACAUGUGAUGAGAUCUCUUAUCCAGUGAAGGAAGGCUCCAACCGCUGCUCUUUUUCACAACCUAACCACCUAACGCAUUCUGACAAGAGAAGCUUCCUGCUGGCUCAGGAACACUCUAAAACCUCAGAAACGGACAUUGAAGCAGAGAACACUCCAAUUUCAUUUGCAGCCAUUAACAGUCUGGGAAGAGAGUCAUGCAUAUAAGGCACUGACACAAUAACUGAAUCAAAAGGACAAAAGGCUGAAUUUUGCUUAGUAUAAACCAGUAUGUAAUGGUCCAAAUGCACACAACAUUCCAUUUCUUAACAAGUCUAUGGAUUAUUUAGUAUUAUUGUAGUAUUUGUACAAAGAAACAGUACAUGUAAACCAAAAGAGUAUGCUGUGAAUGCA